CCCUUUGGAAUUUAAGCCCAGCACGCCUUGGAUCAUCGGUGUAUCUCGAUGUAAACUUUCCAACAAAACAAUUUUUAAACUUUUUAUUAAUAUUAAAACGUACAAAACAGCUUCAUAUUUGCAACAGGUCAUGGCGAAAGUGGACUUCGGGGAUGUUGCCCUGGCAAGGAUGAGGGCAAGACUCGGUGACCUGACCUCAUACUCGUCUUCCGCCGAUUUUCAACUUUACGCACUCGGUGACGCCUUGGUUAAGCACGCCGGGGCGAAGUACUUGUACAUGUACGACGGCUCGAUCGACCCGUUGGUCCUUGGAGCCGUAAAGGACGAAUCGGACGAGUCGACAUCCAGAUAUUUCGUCAGGCUUUGGUCCAACUUCGCCAAAUACGGUGAGCCGGACGUCAACUACCGCCUUUGGACCGAAGGGUCGGCCGGCGACUAUCUCAAAAUCGGAUCUUUCAGCCGUAUGGAAAAGGACUUCAACACCGACUCGAUAAAAUUCUGCUAGAGUAGAACGAAGUACAUCCUAAGCCUGAUACACCUUCAGAUAUACCUUGAUAGAAGGUCGCCAAAUGUGAUCAUCAAAGAGGUACCAGUGUUCAAUUAGGAAGUAUUUCUUAAUCCUGAUACUCUUUUAGUAAGAAUGGUGGGGAGCACGGCUUACACCGCGUUCUCCUCCUGAUACUCGUUGUGACCAUAGCAGGAGCACAAUCGAGAAGUACGGCCUACUCUUCACAUACUUUUAGUAACAUCUAGGCAGGAGCUCGGUUUAGAGUGCAUUAUCAUCCUGAUAUUCCAGCUAUUCAGAUCCUAGUAGGAGCUCAAUUGGGAAGUAAAUCUUAUCCUGAUCAUAAUCCUGAAAUUUUUCUGUUUGAGGCUCAAAUCUUUCUCAUCAUAAUUUUGAUAAUUUUCCACAUCAAUACCUUACAGGGUAUACAUAGAAAAACGUUUACAUGAAUUAUAAAAUAUAAAAGCCUAACUAGAUUUUUUCAUGUUUAGAAGUAGAUGACCUGAAGGUCGGGCAGG